AUGCCAAAAAUCUUGCGUGCCAACGCAAUGAUCGAGUGCAUGAAGGCCAUGGAGAAACAGCGCAACGUUGGAUGCCAACAAGGACGCUCGUGCAUGAACCAGAAUGAGGUUCAUCAUCUCCUGUGGCAUCAGCCUGAUGAUGUGGAUGAUGUAAUCGCUCUGGUUCCAAGCCCCCUUCUUGAGAAAAUCGGCGGUAUCACCGAACUCACGUCGAUGGUGUGCUCACACCUGAACGACAGAGAAUUAUACAGCGUCGCGCAGGUCUGCCAUUCAUGGUACAAGCAAGCGGUGCGAUACCUGUGGCACACCCCCACGUGCGACGGAGGAUUGCUCGCCUCUUCCCUUGUCGACUCCCGCAUCAACGUCCAUGCUGCUUUGGUGCGCCACCUGAGAUUCACCACAUCCAUGUACAGAGACGAUGCCUGGGGGUGGAGAUACCCGACCUCAAACAGAAAAGUACCACCUCUGCCCGGUCUGACUCAUCUCACUUGUGAGCCAUCUUCUCUGAGCAGAAGAAACGCUAAUAUCCUGGUCUCUAUCUUCGUGCCCACCCUCAAGCGUCUAGACAUUGGCGAUGGUGUUGCAUAUGAAAACAACAAUCCCGACGAGGCUCAGUCACCUGGUGUCUCCUGGUUCCGCAUUAUGAGCAGCAAUUGCAAGCGUUUGACCUCAAUCACCAUCGGAGCAAAUUCGCGCAUCAGAUCAGGGGAGUUCGAACGCUUCUUGGAGAGUGCAACUCACCUCAAGUCCGUCAAGCUCGGUGCCGGCCACGAGCACCUUCUCAUCGACCGACUUGUGCCUAUCCUCAAGAGCACUGAGGUUCACAUCAGCGAUUGGGAUGCUCGUAAGAACAGCAACAUCUAUGAACAAUUACCCAGGAUGCGCGCUCUCGAGUGUGGCAAAAUCACCCUCGCGAAUUGUUGUCUCACUGGGAGAGAUCUCCUUCAUCUCAAGGUCCUGAGUCACCUCAAGCGCUUCGAGGUCGCAUCUGGCUCCGGAUCCUACGGUCUCAGCUGCACUGCCGCAGUGGAAGAGGUCGCCGAAUUUGUAGAGGCAAUGCCCCAUCUCGAUGUCUUCGACAUCCACGUCCCUUGUGAUUUCGUGGAUGAGGUGGCUGAGCUUCAUGGGGAAGACUGGGUUGACGAUCAGUCUUUCACCUUUUUCCCGACCAACGCAUGCCGUCAGCAAUAUCUCGACUAUCUGCACAGUUUGAUACAAGAUAAGCUUGACAUCGCUCUCGCUACGUUCGAGCAUCUUCCAUUCUGCCUUCAUCUCGACGUCUGA